AUGGUCGAAGUGGACAACGCAAAAGGGUGGAACAACAUCGUGAACGCCUUAUGCACUGUCUUUGAGCUUCCGGAUCUAAGCAAGCGAGCUGGCCUGGAGGCAGUCCACGCCAACUUCGACGCGAUAUAUGCGCGUAUCGACCAGGCUUACCGGCAGAGCUUGUCAAAUAACAAGAUACGGGGUGGCAUAAUCGGCAUAUUCUCGAAACUGUGCGUCGACGCGAUCCUGCGGAACAAACUUUUCGAUAAGGGAAUCCUGGAGAAAAUUCUGCCUUUACUGGACAUCGACGAAACGAGGCACCUUGCCUUGAACUGUCUCAACACUCUGACGAACCACGGUGGCUCUGGGGUUCGCAUCGCCGUAUCGAAGCACGCAAACGAUCUGUGCAAGCUUGUUCGAGACUUGCCUGACGACAUCAAGGUGGCCGAGCUCAUUGUCCUUACUCUGGCGCACUCCCUGGAGACCACACUUAAAAUUCAAAGCAAGGCGGAGCUUUAUCUCGAGUCUGUCGACAUGGAAGAAGUCAUAUUUACUAUGCUAGACUCGGUACGACGUCCUUACGCGCUCCCUGGGCAGCUCUUGGAUCACGCUCUGGAAAUCCUGGCAGCAUCGACCAGGUAUUCUGCGAAUAUAUUCAAGGCCCAUCCUCGGUUGAUCGCCUUCUUGGUUGCGGGUCUGCAGGCCAAGGACUGGGACACUCGCUGGAUGUGCUUCUCCGGGAUCUAUGACAAGGAUGAGGACGAUGCGCCUCUUAGUGUUGAUCCCGUUGAAUUCCUCGAAAAUAUUAGCCAGACUCUGCCGUGGAACCUCCAAAGGGCACUUGACACCUAUGGAGCGUCUCGGAGCGACAUCAGCCUAGCUCUUAGUGUCAGCGAGGAGUACGACAGCGCGAUGAGGGACCGGAUCGUGCACGGUGACUUGUACGCCUUCGGCCUCAAGAAAGCGGAGCUGAUCCUGAAGGCAGACAUCAGCAUCGCGGAUGGCAUCUUACGCGGAUCCUCCACAUGGAUGAACAGCUGGCGGUCUGCGAUCAACAAAAUACGGGCGAAGGACAUGCCAGAGGACAAGGACGCCGCCGACAUUCUAGACAUAGCAAAUCUGCUCUACCAUCGUAGCAACGAGGAAGCGGUAGCUCUCGCACGGGAGUCUAUCACCCGGAACCCUGAACAAGCGUACUUCUACUACGCUCUGUCCUUCUCGUCAGACCACGUCGAGCGCCUGCAGGCUGAGAAGAAAGGUCUGAAGUGCCAGCAAAACAGGCGAGAACGGACGGGGCGAACGGACAACAGGCAAGCACCCGACGAGGCCAACGAGCCUGCCCUCGCCCUCGUUGCCACAUCACAGGCAGCGCGCAUGGGCCACCCGGAUGACCCCCCACCGUCCCCGUCGUCGCCACGUCACAGCGGCGCACACGGGCCACCCGCCCUCGCCUUCGUCGUCACGCCGGCCACCCGCACACCCCCACCCGUCGUCAAUCACCAACGGCCCCACCCUCGUUGCCGUUGCCACGUCACCCGGUGCACGGGCCCAUCACCGCACAACCCCGCCACUGUCGUCUCCAAGCAACACGGCCCCGCCCCCUCGACACAGACGAGCGAACGACGACGCGAAUCACCGCCGCCGUCAUUGCCAAGUCACGGCGCACGGACCCCCUGCACCGACAACAAUGCCCACGGACCCUCGCCGGAUUUUUCUGACUGA